AUUUCAAAGCACGUAUUGACGCUGGUGAACGAAAACAGUAUAAACUCACUGCAUUCCCAACUGACAACCUCACGAAAGUAACUCACACAUUUCACAAAAGUUGCAUAUCUUGCUAAUCAUUUUUACAACAUACAAAAGGAUUAUCAUUUUCAAAUUGUCAAGGAUGUCUAAAUGCAGCAUCCGUAUUAAUGAGAGUCUUCUUGAAUAUAUCCAUCGAGAAACACAUCGAUGAUAACAAUGAAGAAUACUGCAGCAGCUGUGGGGAAUGUGAUAUGAAUAACAAUGGAAUAAUUGGUCAGUUUGUUACAAGACAUAAUGCAGAUUAUAAGUUGGAUGCAGAUUUCAAACAUCGCAUCACAUCACAGAUUGACUCGAGCAAUAAUUCACAAUAUAAAAAUUUACACUAAAAUCAAUAUUUGUUUCACUUGGAUAAUAUAAGUAUUGUAAGUUCUUGGGGGAAUAAUAUAUGAAUGAAAUAACAGGAAAAAGCAAGAUGAGAAAUUGCUGCUCAAUUCUUAACAGAUAUUUUAAAGUUUUACUUGCUAUCUUACUGCUAACACUUAUUGUGCAGUUAGCUAUGUUUAAGAAGUCCAUGUUCUCAUCGCAGGAAUAUUCUGCAAACCUGGCCACAUUUAGGGAUGGACAUUUAAUUGAAAAUCCGUCACAAGAGAGUCCUAUUCUACAAAAGUGGCGAUUAAAAUUGCAUGGUCAUUAUCAAGAAAGGAAGCCAUUGGAUAGCAUUUAUUUUCUGAAGAUACACAAGACUGGUAGUACUACUUUACAGGGAAUAAUUAUGAGAUAUGGAGACACAAGAAACUUAACAUUUGGUUUGCAUUAUGGACUUGCUAGUCUUGGAUAUCCCAAGCCUUUUCAGAAGUCAUUCGUAAGACGCUUUAAGGACAACACUUCACGUCUUGACAUUAUAUGUCAUCAUUUAAGGCACAGUGAUGAAGUCUUCGAGGUCUUAAAACCCAAGGUGAAGGCUGUAACACUAAUACGGAACCCAACAUAUAGCUUUAUUUCAGCAUUUAAAUAUUACCAAGCAUGGAGUAGACGUUGUUUUGGCACGGGAAACAUCGAUGCAUUCCUUUCGGAACCAGACAGGUACACCAGGGCCAUCAACUACUCACGUGCAUGUCAGAACAAACAGCUGUUUGACCUUGGUAUGCAGCCCAAUAAUUCUAGAAACAUUGUUGAAGUUAUCAACAAAAUACAUGAAAUAGACAGAACAUUUCACUUGGUUAUGAUCUCUGAGUACUUCAAAGAAAGCCUGAUUCUGCUGAAGCAUUUGAUGAACUGGUCAUUUCAUGACAUAAUCUACUUUAGUAAAAAUGUUCAAAACAAAAAGACGGAUCAAGUUGACAAAACUCACCCCCGAGCCUAUAAAAUAAUAAAAGAACUCAACUCAGGUGAUGAAUUUAUGUAUCAGUACUACAACCGAACAUUCUGGAAAAUCAUUGACAUAUUUGGAAGAGACAAGAUGGACAGAGAACUUGCUGAAUUCAAUGUAUUACAAGAUGAAAUGGAAGCUGUUUGCAUUGAGGAUGAAGUGGAGGGAAGAGAUAAAAAUGUGGAGCCACAAUAUAAAGCAGUGUAUUUGACAAAUAGAGUAAAUGCAUACAUCUUAACAGAAGAAGGCAAAAAUAAUGAAACAUGUCGGCAAAUGUUGAUGUACGAGGUCCAAUAUACAAAUCAUUUGAGGAAAAAAAUGAGGGAAACUAUUAUGUAAGGUACUGUUAAAUAAAUAUACUACUAUACAGCUUAUCGUUUAAUGUUCAUUUAAUUGUCAUAUAGUGAAGUAUGACAUUGAAGCCCCCAGAAAAUCAACAUUGCUGUAAUCAACAAUUUUUUUAAUAAUGACAUGUAAGUUUCAG